UGGGGAAGCGACCCCUACUGCAGCGGGGUCAGUCUCGGGGCCGUGCAUUGCGCGUGCACGGCCUGGCGCUUACUGUUGCUGCGGUGGUGGCGGGCGAGGAGUAGGCCGGGCCCACUCUGGCCGGUUCCAGUAACCAACCCUGGUCUGCAGACGGGCUCCUAUCCCUCAAAAGCUCUGCCUGCGCCCAUUCACUGCCGCCCCUCGGGGUCGUGGCAGGGCCCUCCUGGGGAUUUCAAACCAGGGCAGAGCCGGGAAGUAGACGAUCACAGAGGGCGACUUAUUACUAUCCUGCCCACCAUGGCCAGGCGCCCACGGAGCAGCAGAGCAUGGCAUUUUGUCCUGAGCGCAGCUCGCCGAGAUGCGGAUGCCCGGGCCGUGGCUCUGGCAGGGUCCACCAACUGGGGCUACGACUCUGAUGGGCAGCACAGCGACUCAGAUUCCGACCCCGAGUAUGCAUCUCUGCCGUCAUCCAUCCCCAGCGCUGUGCCUGUGACCGGGGAGUCCUUCUGCGACUGUGACAGUCAGAGUGAGGCCUUCUGCGGCAGCCUGCACGCUGCCCACCGGGGCAGGGACUGCCGCUGCGGGGAGGAGGACGAGUAUUUUGACUGGGUCUGGGAUGACCUGAAUAAGUCCUCAGCCACCCUGCUGAGCUGUGACAACCGGAAGGUCAACUUCCACAUGGAGUACAGCUGUGGCACAGCGGCCAUCCGGGGCACCAAGGAGCUGGGGGAGGGCCAGCACUUCUGGGAGAUCAAGAUGACCUCGCCUGUCUACGGCACUGACAUGAUGGUGGGCAUCGGGACAUCGGACGUGGACCUGGACAAGUACCACCACACGUUUUGCAGCCUGCUCGGCCGGGACGAGGACAGCUGGGGCCUCUCCUACACGGGCCUCCUCCACCACAAGGGCGACAAGACGAGCUUCUCCUCCCGGUUCGGCCAGGGCUCCAUCAUUGGUGUGCACCUGGACACCUGGCAUGGGACGCUGACCUUUUUUAAGAACAGGAAGUGCAUAGGAGUGGCAGCCACCAAGCUGCAGAACAAGAGGUUCUACCCGAUGGUGUGCUCCACGGCGGCCAAGAGCAGCAUGAAGGUGAUCCGCUCCUGUGCCAGCAUCACCUCCCUGCAGUACCUGUGCUGCUACCGCCUGCGCCAGCUGCGGCCCGACUCUGGGGACACGCUCGAGGGCCUGCCCCUGCCGCCCGGCCUCAAGCAGGUGCUGCACCACAAGCUGGGCUGGGUCCUGAGCAUGAGCUGCGGCCACCGCAAGCCCCCCGCGCCCUCGCCCACAGCCAAUCCCAGCAGCCCCGAGACCCGGCGCUGCCAGAGGAAGCGCUGCCGAAGGACCUAGCUUGUUUCCCAGUGAAAACUGCCUUCUACAGCUGGGAUGGUGUUUUCUGUUUCUCCCUUUGGACCACCCUCCAGGGCAACAGGAGAGGGAGGACUGAACCAAGGUUUGUCUCGGCUGCCCCCCUGCCACCCGGCUGGGAGAGCCCUUGCUACAGGGGCUCCGGGGCCGGUACCCUGUGAUCCAGAGACCCGGACUUCCUAGUCUGUCUGCUUCCUGUGCCGGGUGUGGGAGCAGCCACUUUCCUUCUCAGAGUCUCUGGGGAGCUGCUGCCCCAGCAUGUCUAGACUCGGGCUGCAGGCCUGGGAGACUCGUCUGCUGCCUGUGAGGAGGACGGCUUUGUGAGAGGUCGGCUCUUCCUGCUGUCGCCGCCGGCCUUGGGUUUUUCUUAACUUGCUUUGCAUGUUGUCAGCUGCUGUUCCUCUCGUCUGAGGCUGAAAACGACCGUAAUAAACUUAGAGUUUACAUCUGA